UCAGUUUAACUUCUGAUCUCCAGAAAAUAAUAAUAGGUUCAUUAAAAAUGUAAUGCUAACCCAGUGCCUUAAAGUGAUGCCAGAAUGCAGUACUGUGGGAUUGAAAGGUGCGUUCCUUUUGCCUUUAUGUAAUUAUCUGCAUUAUGUAUUCCAAAUUCCAGUGUAUUGAUUUCCCAAUAUGGUCAUCUUGGGUUCUGCUGUUUUUCAGUGAAUGGAAUAUUAUAGAAACUGAGGAGCAUUAUAAGAGCCGAUGGAGAUCUAUUAGGAUUCUAUAUCUUACUAUGUUUCUCAGCAGCGUAGGAUUUUCUAUUGUGAUAAUGUCAAUAUGGCCAUAUCUCCAAAAGAUUGAUCAGACAGCUGAUGCAAGUUUUUUGGGCUGGGUUAUUGCUUCGUUUAGUCUUGGCCAAAUGGUAGCUUCACCUCUAUUUGGUUUGUGGUCUAAUUAUAGACCAAGAAAAGAGCCUCUUAUUGUCUCCAUCUUCAUUUCGGUGGCAGCCAACUGCCUCUAUGCGUAUGUCCACCUCCCAGCUUCUCAUAAUAAAUACUACAUGUUGGUUGCUCGUGGAUUGGUGGGAUUUGGAGCAGGAAAUGUAGCUGUUGUUAGAUCAUAUAUUGCUGGUGCUACUUCCCUUCAGGAAAGAACAGGUUCCAUGGCAAACACAAGUGCGUGUCAAGCAUUAGGUUUUAUUCUAGGUCCAGUUUUUCAGACUUGUUUUGCACUCAUUGGAGAAAAGGGCGUGACAUGGGAUACUCUUAAGCUGCAGAUAAACAUGUACACUGCACCAGUUUUACUUGGCGCCUUCCUGGGAAUUUUAAAUAUUGUUCUGAUCCUUGCUAUAUUAAGAGAACACCGUGUGGAUGACUCAGGACGACAGUGUAAAAGUAUUAAUUUUGAAGAAGCAAAUACAGAUGAAGUUCAGAUUCCCCAAGGAAAUAUUGAUCAAGUUGCUGUUGUGUCUACCAACAUUCUGUUUUUUGUGGUUCUAUUUAUCUUUGCCCUUUUUGAAACCAUCGUUACUCCGUUAACAAUGGAUAUGUAUGCCUGGACUCGAGAACAAGCUGUAUUAUAUGAUGGAAUAAUACUUGCUGCUCUUGGAGUUGAGGCAGUUAUUAUUUUCAUGGGGAUUAAAUUACUUUCCAAAAAGAUUGGCGAGCGUGCUAUUCUACUGGGAGGACUCAUCGUUGUAUGGGUUGGCUUCUUUAUCUUGUUACCUUGGGGAAAUCAGUUUCCCAAAAUACAGUGGGAAGAUUUACGUAAUAAUUCAAUCCCUAAUACUACAUUUGGGGAAAUUAUUAUUACUCUUUGGAAGUCUCCAAGAGAAGAUCACAAUGAAGAACCAACUGGUUGCCCAACUGAACAAGCCUGGUGCCUCUACACCCCCAUGAUCCGUCUGGCUCAGUUCCUCACAUCAGUGGUGCUGAUUGGAAUAGGCUAUCCAUCCUGCAAUGUUAUGUCCUAUACAUUAUAUUCAAAAAUUCUGGGACCAAAACCUCAGGGUGUGUACAUGGGCUGGUUAACAGCGUCUGGCAGUGCAGCUCGGAUUCUUGGACCUGUGUUCAUCACCCAAGUGUACACUUCCUGGGGCCCACGAUGGGCAUUCAGCCUUGUGUGUGGAAUAGUGGUGCUUGCCAUCACACUCCUGGGAGUGGUUUACAGAAGACUCAUCGCUUUUUCUGUAAGGCAUGGAAGGAUUCAAGAGUAGCCUAGCUAAGACAGUAAUGGAAAGUACUUGCUAUGUGGGACUUCCUCUUCUAAGGCUCUGCUAGACAAUUGCUAUGAGUCAGUUUCCAAAAAGCAGGCUGCAGAUACUGUAUAUUUUGAAUAACAAGAACAUUUAUUGAAUAACACAGGGAAUUCUAUGUGUAAUUAUGAAUAGUAAGAUAAUAUAAAAACAUUCUGGAUCAUAAUUUCCUUAUCUUAAAAAGAAAUAUUCUUCAUAUAACACCUUUUUUUGGGUUGCAUGAACUCUCGAGUGAAUGGACGAUAGUCUAUAAAUGUGAAGUUGUACUCUUAAUUCAAACUGUAGAGGCGUCAUUAAAAUAAUGAGAGAAUAUCUAUGCAGUGAAACCGCAGGAGAGUUCUGUAUUGACUACCUAUAACACAAUGAAAUCAUAAAAAUUGUUUACCUAAAUAGGUGCUUUUAUUUGAAGGUACCUACUUUUUAUUUAUUUAAAAAAUGCACUUUCUCUUAUUAUCAAGUUUCUUUAUGAAAUAAAAAUCAUAACUCUUAACUUUUCCACUUAACCAUGACUGCCAUCCUACCUUACCUUCUGUAAGUCAUUGUUUUUAAUACUACACCUUCUGUCUUAUUUUAGUUCAGGAUCUCACUAAGUAACCCUUAAGUUAAUAGAUGGGUACGAAUAAUGCUAAUAUUUGAGCGAUAAAGAGCGUUAAGAGAUCAAGAUGGAUUUCACUACCUUUAGUAGAGCUAGCUACUUUUUUCUUUCAGGUACUAAUAAAUAAUUCACUUUAGAAACAUAAGCCCAGAUAUGUGUUAUUGCAAACUGUUUAUUAAAAUUAUUGGAAUUCUUCAACUCCCUUAAAUUCUGGAGAAAAACUAUCACUUUCAUUAUUUACUUUCCCAUCUCUCAGUAGUGUCAGGGAAGACACAACAGUUUUCAAUCUAUGUCUGCAUAGCUAUUCAGAACUGCAGAAUUUGAAAUUGGAUAGGCUGUGAUAGCCCCAAUCUAGUCAUGCUAGUAAAUAUUUGAGGCAAAAUGGCUUUAAUCUAACAGUUUACUGAGUUUACUUGAAGCUGGCUAAAUCAUACUCUCUGUGUAUACAUUUCUAUCUCUAUAUAAGUUGAAUGCUGAUAAAAGGACCUAGUACAGAGCUAUGUAUAUGGAUAAUCAGUAUUACAAAAAAUGCAAAAAUAUUUCUAAAUACUUUUUCAAAUGUUUCCUACUCUAAGUUAUAAAUAUUUUCAAAUCUGAGAGUAAACACUAUAAUCUGUACUUUAUACUAAGUUUGCUGUACUCUUUUUUUUUUUGGCUUGAACAACAGAAAUUUAUUUCUCACAGCGCUGGAGCUUAGAAGUCUGAGAUCAAGGUGUUGGCAGGGUUGGUUUCCUCUGAGGCCUCUCUCUUUGGCUUGUAGAUGGAUAUCUUCUCCCUGUGUCUUUUGUUUGUUUGCUUUUUCCAGCUUUAUUGAGAUAUAACUGACGUAUAAUAGUGUAUAAGUUUAAUGUGUACAUGUUGGUUUGAUACAUUUAUAUAUUGCAAAAUGAUUACCACCAUAGCUUUAGCUAACACCUCCAUCACAUCACAUAAUUACCAUUUCUUUUUUGUGGUGAGAACAUUUAAGAGCUACUCUCUUAGCAACUUUUAAGUAUAUAAUACAAUAUUAUUGACUAUAAUCACCAUGCUGUACAUUAGAUCCCCAGCACUUAUCAUCUUAUACCAGGAAGUUUGUACUCUUUGACCAGCAUGUCCCCAUUUCCUCCACCCUCUAGCCCCUGGCACCUGUCAUUCCAUUCUCUGCCUCUAAUAGUUUGGCUCUUUUAGAUUACACAUACAAGUGAUAUCAUACAGUAUUUAUCCUUCUCUAUCUGACUUUUUUCACUUAACAUAAUGCCCUCAAGUUCCAUCCAUAUUGUCACAAAUGAUAGGAUCUCCUUUCUUG